AUGGGUCCCAGUUUCCCCCCUCCCAUGGUGACACUCAGGGACCUGCUGCCCAAAAGCUGCAGCAACCAAACAAAAAAUGAGUACUCAGUGAGUCCAGACCCACAUGAGCAGCUGGAGAAGAUGAAGUUCAACAGCACUCAGAGGUGGAGGGAUUUGAACCGCUUCCAUUCCAGUUACAGACUCAGGAAGUUCCAGCUCAGGAAGCAAGCUGAGGAACCAAAGACACCAGAGCAGAAGAUUGUGAGUCUACUGGAACCUGCUGCUGACGAUCUGGAGCACAGAGAAGCAGCUGAGAAGAGGCAUUUAGUUCAAGGCCCAAAUCUGAAUCCACCUACGACUCAGCAGUCCAAGGUUCCAGUGAAGACACUCCAGCCGUCACUUCCUGCUCCUGCAAACAGCACGGCUGUGCUCUGUGGCGAGGGAACGGUCACCGUGGAGGUCAAACAAAACUUUUUCGGAAACAAUCAGCUGAUCCAACCAGGUGAUCUGACUCUCGGCGGCUGCGGUGUCCGGGAAGCCUCUGACCAAGUCCUGCGUUUCCAGUCAGAGCUGCAGGACUGUGGCAGCACCGCCGUGAUGACGGAUGAUGCCCUCAUUUACUCCUUCACUCUGAGUUACUCUCCAUCACCCAUCACCGGCAGCUUCAUCUUCAGAACCAACUCGGCCCAGAUGUUGGUUCAGUGCCACUACCAGAGGCGACAUUUUGUGAGCAGUGACUCCAUCGCGCCGACAUGGCUGCCCGCGACCUCCUGGCUGUCAUCAGGCCAGCAGCUGCACUUCUCCUUGCACCUCAUGACAGAGGACUGGCAGUUUCAGAGGCCGUCCAACAUUUACUUCCUCAGUGACUCGAUGCACGUCGAGGCGUCUCUUCUUCAAGGCAACCACGUUCCUCUGAGGAUCUACGUGGACAGCUGUGUGGCCACAAACAGCCACGACCCUAACUCUCAACCCAGACACGUCUUCAUCAGCAACCACGGGUGUUUCAGUGACACGUCGCAGGCGGGGAGCAAGUCCUACUUUCUGCCUCGACGUCGAGAGGAUAAACUUCAGUUCCAGCUCAGAGCGUUCCAAUUCCACCAGGACCACAGGACCACCCUCAACAUUACAUGUCACCUGAAGGCAACAACUGUGGCGGCGCCAGUGGACUCGCAGCACAAAGCCUGCUCCUUCCUGUCAGAAGCGAACCGAUGGGUGGCAUCAGGUGGAGACAAUAAAGUGUGUAGCUGCUGUGAGAGCAGCUGUGGUGGCCAGCGACGGAGGCGCCGCGACGCAGAAGAUCCUGGUGCUGUUGACAGUCGAGGAAGCAGAAGUCAGUGGUGGUGGGAGGAGACGGCAUCUCUGGGUCCUAGUUUUGUGCAGCGUCCUCCACAGCCUGUCGCUCAGCAGCAGAAACCUCAGCAGAGUUCAGCAGGUCAGUCAGUGGUGUUGAAGAAUGGCGUGGGUGCAGUGGUGCUGCUGGGCUUCCUGGUGUGCACGUCUGCUGUCGUUUACAGACAGCUGCACAAACCACCUGGACAGGCUCUUACCUGA